AUGGCCACCCACACCACUGCAUUAUUAUUGGCAAGGUUGAAAGCGUGGAAAGAAUCAGCGGUGGGCAGUACACUUUGUUUGGAUCUGCGAUCGGCCUCGGAAUACAAAAAGAACCACUUGGCUCCAUCCACGAAUAUUCCGUGGCCGCAAUUAUCAUUGCGCUGUGCUGAAUUACCACCAAAGCGUACGCCAUUUGCCGUGGUUGAACCUUUGGAAACUCAAGGAUGCAGCUCAUGGUUACAGGAACAAGGAUGGCAGUGCCCGUGGGUCUUUUGGGAAGGCGACUGUUCAGCCGGUUUCUGGACAGCCGCACGACAAGCUGGCUGGGCCAGCGACGCCAACGAUACCCCCUCUGAUUUGCCGAAACCAUGGCUUCUUUUCAGGCCUUGUCCUUUCCUUGCUCAACAUAUUGAUCGCAUCGAGCGAGAUCUCGGAUCCCACCAUUCCGCAUUGGCAUGUCUCGACAUUGGUUGCGGUUCCGGUCGUGAUGCGGCCUGGCUCUUAUCCCGACCGAUCGGAUCAUGGCGAGUGACCGCGGUGGAUUCCUUAAAACACGCUUUGCAACGAACCGAGGCGUUGACGACGCAUUUGGGAGUGCGUGAUCGAUUGGACCACGUGGUGCAUGCCAAAAUUAUGGCAGAUGGCGCAUGGAAAUCGAUCGACACUGAUAAGCCAGCUAUGCCCGCCAUCCUGACGCAGCAAGACAAGGAAACCGAACCCUGUCACGAUACCAAGCAACAUCAGUUUUUGAAAAAGAAGGCCACUUUUUCUCCCGGUAUUCCUACAUCUGAAUUCUUUGGUCAGCUGUCAUCCUCCUCCUCCUUCUCGCCGUCGUCUCGGACAGCUACCUCCGGCUAUGCCAAGUAUGAUCUUAUCUUGACCAUUCGGUUUCUGGUCCGAUCGCUGUUACCCCAGUUACCGGAUCUACUGAAUAUCGGUGGGUUCCUGGUGAUCUCGCAUUUUGUAGAUGAUGGUUCCGAGUAUGAUCAGCCUCGUAAAGAUCAUCGAUUGGCCGUAGGCGAACUCAGCUCGUUAUAUGGUUCCAUGGCUCAUAUGGAAGUGGUCAUGGAUGUCAUUGAAACCAUUGAGGACGGAAGGCCCGUGAACUCGGUGAUAAUUCGAAAGACACGAGAAAAGAUAGAUGACUAA